CACAUCCCAGUCCCCGCCGCUCCCCUCUUCUCCUGGUCUCCCCCACCCUUUUCUCUCGACUCUAUAAUCCCCACCCAUAUUCCAAAACCCGGCUUAUUCCUUAUUUUUUUAUUUCGCCCCCCUUUUUAAACCGAUCACUCGCAGCGCAAUCCCCCGCUUAAACCCGAUGGCCUUUCACGUCGCUUGCCCGAUCACUUGCCGGCUGCUAUGCGAUUGCGAGCUCGGGUUUCCGGAGGAGCUGCGGAGCCCCCCGGCGAGGAAGGAGUUCGAGGAGCAGGCCGAGAGGCUCGAGGAGUUCUUGCGGGACCCGUGGAUCGUGAGGGACGGCGGCGGCGGAGGGGGGACCGUCCAGGUUCUUGUCCCGAAGGUCGUGCCCGCGCCGGCGCCUCCCCCGCCGUCGGCGGACGUGGCGGACCAUGGUGGAGGCGGGGAGGAUGCGCUGUCUUCCGCGCAGGCCCGGCGGGCCGCGCUGCAGCGCCAGGCGGCGGCUGCGUCGAUGGCCGCCGAGGAUUAUGUCCGGCGGCUGGAGACCGGUGGGGCCGCGGACAUACCGGGAGAAGCAGCUAAUAAUCUUGGUACAGAAGAUCAAGGUUCUUUAGUCAAGGUUAUAUGCCGCAUUUGUUUUUCUGGUGAGAAUGAGGGCAGCGAACGAGCUAUGAAGAUGCUGUCAUGCAAAUUUUGCAAUAAGAAAUACCACAGGAGCUGCUUGAAAGUUUGGGCUGAAUAUAGAGAUCUAUUUCAUUGGAGCUCAUGGGCGUGCCCCUCUUGCCGCAUUUGUGAGGUUUGUCGAAGAGCUGGUGAUCCCACUAAGUUAAUGUUCUGUAAAAGGUGUGAUGGUGCUUACCAUUGCUACUGUCAACAGCCUCCACACAAGAAUGUGAGUCAUGGGCCUUAUUUAUGUCCAAAACACACAAGAUGUCAUAGCUGUGGGUCUACUGUCCCUGGAAGUGGACUUAGCACAAGGUGGUUUUUAGGGUAUACCUGCUGUGAUGCUUGUGGAAGAUUGUUUGUGAAAGGAAAAUACUGUCCUGUUUGUUUGAAGGUCUACAGAGAUUCUGAAAUGACACCCAUGGUUUGUUGUGAUGCAUGCGAACAAUGGGUGCAUUGUGUAUGUGAUGGCAUCAGUGAUGAAAAAUAUCAGCAGUUCCAAGCGGAUGGAAACUUAUAUUACAAAUGUCCUGCAUGUCGUGGAGAUUGUUACCGGGUGACAUUUACUGUUCUGGUCAAGGAUAUGGAAGAUGCUGUUCGAGAGCUUUGGCGGAGGAGAGAUAAAGCUGACCGUGAUCUAACUGCAAACUUGAGAGCUGCUGCUGGACUGCCAACUCAGGAGGAAAUAUUUUCUAUUUGCCCCUACUCAGAUGAUGAUGAAGCUGCUCCAGUUAUACCAAAGAAUGAUUAUGGUAGUUCAUCAAAAUUUUCUGUCAAAGGUUUGACUGAUAAAUCAAGCAAGAAUUCUAAAGAACUUGGGAAAAGUUUCUCCAAGAAAUCAUCCAAUAAGAAAUAUAUAAAGAAGGGGAAUCAGGUGCAAUUUGCUGGUAAGCCUGGUGAGCCAUAUCAAAAUACUGAAAGGCAGCAUGAGUUGAGAUCAUUGGAGAGCAGCCUUAGAGACACUAAUUUUGAUGAGACAAAGUCAUACAGAAAUGAUGCACAGGACAUCUUUUCAUCUCCUUUGACCAGAAGUCCAGGCAAUGAUAAAGGGAAGUCUUCUGUUGAUCAUAUGGGAAGUAAUAACCAUAUGUUUAUUGAGGAAGUUGUAAGUAAUAACUUUGCUAAGAUGCCUAAGGUCCAUAUAAAGGGUAGUAAAUCACCAGGACUGCAUGUCAAAGAGGGUGCUGGAAAAAAUUCAGGCAAAACGGAGAUGGUGAAAGGAACUAAAUUAGUAAUACAUAUAGGUGCCAAAAAUAGAAAUGCACCUGGUUCUCCCAAGUCAGAAGCUUCAAGCUGUCACAAGGAUCAAGACGUUAAUGCCUUGAAUGGCAGUGAAGGCAUGAGCCAGCUGCAGACAAAAUCUAAGAAUUAUGUACAUGAUGGUCAUCCUGUUAUUGCCAGAAAUCAUGAUGGAAAAGGAGCUAAACUUGAUAACUCAACUCAGAUAAAAAGUGCCAGACAGGAAGAUAGAGAUGGUGUGAAAAAGCUCCAAAAUAUAUCCGAGACACACAGGAAAAGCAGAGCCAUUAAUGCUGAGGAGUGUGAACCUAUGACUGCUCGCAGAAGUCCUCUUAUAAUAAGAAAAACAAGCACAGAGGUGGACCCUGCAAUAAAGACUAGGUCUCAAACCAUGUUAACAGAUAAUGAUGAUUUGCCAGGGAAAAUUUCCCCAGUUACAGUGGUUAAUUUCCAAAGUGAAAUCCAUAAUGUGGCUGCAUCAUCAUUUGGUUCCAAUUCCUCCAAUGAUCCCAAACCAUUGUUGAAGUUAAAAUUCAAAAACCCAUAUUUUGAACAGCGAAGCUCUUGGGCACCUAGUGGAGGAGAAGAGAAGAAUCCUGUCAAGGGACAGAGGUCAAAGAGAAAGAGACCGUCUAUUCAGAGAGAAAAUAAUCAGGUGGAUGGUGACGAUGAACAGCCAAAUCAGGAAGAUCCAAUAGAUGUUGUUGAUGCAAACUGGAUAUUGCAGAAGCUGGGUAAGGAUGUGAUCGGAAAGAGAGUCGAAGUUCAUGAAGCAUCAGAGAAUUCAUGGCACAAGGGAGUGGUUUCUAAUGUCCUUGAAGGCACUUCAUCUUUAUCAGUUCGUCUAGAUGAUGGAAGAUCCAAGACCCUAGAACUUGGAAGGCAAACAGUUCGCUUCAUCUCUCAGAAACACAAAAAGGCAAAACUGUGGAGCCAUUUUGGUGUUGUUGUGUAGGCAGAGCAAAGCUGGGGCAAAAAAUAAUCCAUUCUGUAUAAGGUAAUCUCCUGCAGCUCGUCAAUUCCUUCAACUGAACAUACUUUUAAACUGUUUUGCAUCGAUUUGGAAUAGUUUCAUUCCCUAAGAAUGAAAUGAACAAGAAGCUUCUGUUGCCCUGCUCUCCUCGGAGGUUAUUUGUUAAUAUAUGUUCUGGUUUGUGUGUACCAUUAUUCUUUUAUGAUGUGGAAGAUGCAAUAAUGCUGGCAUCCCUGGCUUAAUCAUGGGAGGGGACUGGGGCUUUCUUGCAACAAAAUUGGGUUGCAUAUUCUGUAGCAUGGAGGUUGGAUAGAAGAAAUCAAACUCUAAUCUCUGUCAAAUUAACCGGCUGAGAGAACCUGUCUCAAACAGUAAAUCUAUGUGUAAGAGGCAGCUCCAGUUCACAUGUAGGAACAGCACUUGUAUUAACAUAACAAAUUCCAGGUUGUUUGCUUUUGUGCUUUUUUG